AUGCUUCGGAGAGCUCGAACUUCUGCAGCUCAGGCCGAUGAUUUGCAUACAUAUCCCUUGGACUGGCCUCAAUCACAGCGCUGGAAUCCAGACUAUAACGUCCCACGCAACUCUCUCGAGGAUGAUGACAGCCUCGCACAGUCUUCAACAUUAUCAUCAACUCAGCCCAAGGGGAAGACAGUAUAUACGGAAGCGACAGUAAGAAGGCAAGAUGGCCAGCAUAGUACUGCAGUGCAUGCCCAGAGCCGUCAUCAGGCGGCUGGUUUGGGAUCUCAGCUACCGGACUUGUCUCACUGGCUUAAAACACUUUCGGAAAUUUACAUGAAUAAUCUGGAAAACCGUGCGCGUUGGGAUCCCCGCUGGUUGAGCAUUACCCGACGUGAGCGGCACGAAGGCCUUGCAUCCAGCACAAUUACCAUCCUAGACUACAUGAACGACGAAUCGGUACCUCUAAAAACAACUACUACAGAAAUAGCUCAAUUAUGUGUUGCUUUGCAGGAAAGACCGGAAGCAUGCGCGGUUCGAGUCUUGAUGGUGAACGACUUGAGCCGGUUUGUCAUGGGUGCCUUGGGGCAGCUGUAUGCGGUUGAUCCGGAAUUUUGGUUUGACCAUCUCACAAACUCUGGCUACGCCGCAAGUGACAGUCAACUCAAAGUCUCGAGCGCAGUAUGGAUGAAUUGGGCUGAACGAGAAACUCGCUUUCGUCAUCGUUCACUACCAGGCAUUGGUCAACGAACACAGUGGAAUACCUCAAGCAGAACUAGAGGUCGAAAUUGGGGACAUAUUAGAUGGGCACGUCUAGGCUUAAUGCACUAUUUAGGGAAGAAGGGUUUCAAUGAAGACGAGAUAGAGUGCCGGCUUGGCGAUGGCAGGUGGCUAGUCGAACGCGAUGUGUUUCUGGACAAGUACGGAUUUUUCAUGACGCCGCGCAGACUACUCAGACACGCUCAGUUGGCGAAACGGUCAUCCAACAAAAAGCCACAGGACUUAUACUCAAGAGCCAAAGACUCCAACAUCUACCGCGCAUACAGUACCUUUGACGGUCUACCCAAGAAUGUGACAGCAUGGAAGAACCGGGAUUUGAGAGUCGUGGCCCCAGAAGGCGCCAGCUACUGGUCUGGAGCAGAUGAGCAAGGCCGGCGGAUAGAUAUCAUUGUCUUCGACCCCCCACGGCGAAUGAAGGAUGGCAUAACGAAGGAUACAAUUCCCUCUCUUACCUUUAUGCCCAGAGCAAUCGAAGUGGAAUCGUAUACCGAUGAUGAUCUUUGGCGCAUCGCCGGCGUAGAAGAGACGUUUCUCGACCCUCCCCCACCCUUAAUCUCUAAAAAAGAAAUCAAAAAGAAACGAAAGGAGCAAUUGGCUCAAAGAAGAAAUGAGAAAAGGGCCUCUGGAUCCAAGGAGUUGCGUCACAAUGAAGCCACCGAUGAAGAAUUGGGCAUCAGCGUCGAGUCUGGGUCUGAAUCUGGGUUUACCAGUGAUGAUGAGUACGACCAAGACUACAACAAUGAGUUGCGAGCUGAAUAUAAGAACCCCAAGCCUCAUUCUAGGGACCGGGACUUCGCUAGAAAAUACGCAAUGCCAACAUUCAAUCUAGUAGAGCGUCUUCUCACUGCCACUCCAACACAAGCACUUUUGGGUGAUGAAUCGCCUAUUCCGGCUCUACUCUACCGGCUUGUUCUCGACGAUUUUUGGCAGCUUUUGGCAGAGAUGCGAUUGCAGCUUGAUCACUUGGAUAAUGACCUGACAGCCACGCUGUAUGAACAGCUUGUCGAAUCUAUUGGCAACUCCACACGGCAGAAUCUUACCUGGAUGCGGUCUACUCUGCAGGAAUUGCACGACUGGUCCAAUCACUUGAGAAAGUCUGGGGCUACUUUGAAAGCAACCCUAGACAUUCAGCAAGAAAUCGAAGAAUUAAAUGCAAAUGUUCAGGAUCUGCAGCGUCGAAGCGAACAGACAAUGAACUUACUAGUGUCGUCAAUGACACUUGCCCAGUCGUCAACGGUUAUUGAACAGACAUCUGGCAUUAACAAACUCACCGAGUUGGCAUUCUUUUUUAUUCCCGUGUCAUUUAUUACGUCCAUCUUCUCUAUGCAAGUUUUCGAGCUCAUAUCGGCCCCGCCACGAAUCUGGACUUGGGGCCUCUCAUUAUCAGUUGUCGCCUUGACGACCUAUUUGAUCCGAAUAUCACUGCGAUCACCUUCCUUUCGUGUGGUACUGUUGCAUUUCCGAGCAACAAUCAUUAAUCGGUUUUCUGCUCCCGGCGCAGGCACGGCUUCUAGGCGUCUAAACACGGUCGGCAAUCGUGCAAUCGCCAAAUUUAUAUUCUUCUUCACCGCUGUUAUGACCAUGUUUUCCAUGGUGGUUCUUCCGGCUCUGUUCCUUCUAUUUCUUCUAAUGGGGGGCCUUUGGCUUGGCAUCACAGGCGUGGCCUUGUACUUUAUAGUGACCAGAUGGCCCGAGGCCGCCGUGCUCGUCCCCUGCUUUAUAUCUAUUCCGGUGGCACUUCUCGGGAUGGCUACUUGCUGGCACUGGCAUGAAGAAAUUUCGGACGGAUGCCUUGCGGCGAUAAAUUGGAGCGUUGAAUGGAUAAAGUGGGUGUUUCCAGCGCAGUGGACGUUGGACACAGUGGAUGACGAGGACUUGGCCAAGGAGGGUAUCAAUAUAUACGCACGGCAGGCGCUCGUUCUGGCGACAUAG